UUCUCCAGGAACUCCGCUGGCGCCUCCCUCUCUCUUUCUCUCUUCUUGGGCUUCGAUGAAAUCGAGAGGCAGAGUCAGGGAGGGAAGCAUGCAUCCUUUUCCAUUUGUCUCCGUAGUUUAAAUCCUUCUGCCCUUUAACCCAGCUCCUCUCUCUCCCUCUUUCUCUCUCUAUCUGUGCGAGGAAACAGUAAGGAGCUUGGUUCGGUGAUGGCGUCGUCGGCUUCGAUCCCCGCGACUUCGGCCGCAGCGGCGGCGAAGGCGUCGUCAGCGCCCACAUCUCAGCGCCGGCUUCCCCAGUCGACCGUCACGCUCCGACCGUCCUUGAGGAGGACGAACCUCGCGUUCUCCGCCGCGUCUCCCGCCGCUCAGGGUUCCCAUCAACAUCGAACUGCUAUUGUUAAUGCCAAGUUGAAUGACGUCUCCGUUGACGGUUCUGCUACUCCAAGCAAGUCAGAAAUUCCAAAACCUAAAGUGAAGGAUGAAUCAGCAAAGCAGGAGGUCUCAUCAUUGCCAGUUUCAGAUUCAUCAAUAAGCGAGUUCAUGACUGAAGUAGCAAGCCUUAUCAAGCUGGUUGAUUCCAGAGAUAUUGUGGAAUUGCAAUUAAAGCAGCUUGAUUGUGAGCUUGUCAUAAGAAAGAAGGAAGCCUUGCCACAGCCACUAACCCCAGCUCCUAUGAUUAUGGCACAACCACCAGCCUUGCAAGCUGUGGCUCCAUCCCAAUUGCCUUCUGCUGCCCCCUCAAGACCUGCACCUGCACCUGCACCUGCACCUCCUGCCAAACCUACCCGAUCAUCUCAUCCACCUUUGAAAUGUCCAAUGGCUGGAACAUUUUACCGUAGUCCAGCACCUGGUGAACCAGCAUUUGUCAAGAUUGGAGAUAAGGUGAAGAAAGGACAAGUCCUCUGCAUCAUUGAAGCAAUGAAACUGAUGAAUGAGAUUGAAGCUGAUCAAUCUGGAACAGUGGUUGAUAUCCUCGUGGAUGAUGGUAAACCUGUCAGUGCAGACACGCCUUUGUUUGUGAUUGAGCCAUGAAAUUUUGACACGCAUCUGCUGAACAGCGAAAGCUUCUGUUGGUAAUGUCUAUAUAGUGGGGAAGGGAGUAGAAGGAUGCUUGUUUUUCUAUUUUCUGUGUUCUUUAGUAUCGAGAGAGAGAGAGAGAGAGAGAGAGAAGCGGAUAAUUUAUUUGUGUGUUAACUUUAGUAGAAAGGAGAGAAUUCUUGUUUGUGAGGAGUUACAUUUUGAUUAAAUUAAGUUAAAGAGGUUAUUUCCUAAUCUAA